AUGGCUGACUUGCUGUGGUACCUCUUGGCUUUUGCGGUCGUCCUGGGGGCGCGUGGGGAUGCAGUGCUCACACGCAAUGAGAACGAGGGCUUGCAGGAUGGACGGCACCAGCGAUUCCCUUGCGUACGUGAGGCGCGGGUGACCAGCUGGGAUCAGGCAGAAGCCUUCAAGAUCAAUCAUGAGCCCUACACCAACGAGAAGAAGGUCUUCAUUCGGAAGGGCGAAGUGGCCCCCCUCACGCAAGUGAGCCUGGCGGAGUUCAAAGCCGAAACCUACUUCGAGGAUCACGACCACGAAGACAUGUUCGAGGUUUUCUACGUCCUCAGCGGCGCCGGGCGCUUUGCGAUCACCGAACGGGGCAGCGACCGCGAGUGGCGGCGCCGGGAAGUCGCCGCGAAGCCGGGCCUCUUCUUGCAUUUGCCUCCUGGAGUGCAGCACGCUGGGCUGACAGACUUGGGAUUUCAAUUUCUGAUGCUGGGCGCAGCUGCAGAGGCGGACUGCAGCAAGACAGCCAUCCUGGGCGAUGCGAACGGGAGCGCAUGCAAGGCCCUCACCAGCUUUCAGGAGCUUCAGGUCGAUGAGGUUGAAGUUAAAGGACUGAAGAAGAACCCGAAGGUGCAACGCAGGACGCUGCUUCCAUCAGGUGGGAUGCCGAAGGUCAUGCGCUUUGAACAUCUUACUGUGCCCAAUGGUGUGAGCUAUGAUGCACCCAGAGAAGCUGGCACUCAGGUCUUCAUCCUCCUCACUGGCUGGGGCGGCAUACGCUUGGGCGUGAAGACUGGCCUCUUCGAGCAUCACGCCGUGGCGUUGGUGCCACAGGUGGGCGCAGAGCAUCCGGUGACCAUCACAGCAGCAAGUCCACAGCUGACCAUGUUGCGCUUGGUCGUGGAGCCCUGCCCCAUCAUUCACGACGAGCUUUAG